ACUGUAAACGGGUCAGGAAGAUCUGCGGGCGCCACCAUGCUGGCGGCUGGAAGAAGCCCGGGGCCAGGAGCGCCGCCGAGCGGGGAAGCUUGGUCGCUGGGUCACACGUUUUCCGGAGCUUUAGACUGACGACCGCCCCAGACGCCGCUUCAGUCCCCGCCGACCAUUCGCCUCCAGGACCCGCAGGAUGGCGAGAGCCUGGGUCUGCGUGGGAGGCGCCGUCUUCUUUCUCUCCUGUCUGGUUUUGCACUGGCGGUUCAGUGACCCUCUGGUUUCAAGGACAAUUGCUUUUUACGUACCCUGGAGAAAGGAGGAUUCUCUUUUCCGGCUGGAUUUGAGUUGGCCCAAGUAUUCGGAGUAUUUCACUGGUUCGACAUUUUCUGUUGCAGUUGACUCCAUCAACGGGUUAGUGUAUGUAGCUCAAAGAGGGGAUAACAUCCCCAAGGUAUUAGUGUUCACAGAGGAUGGAUAUUUCCUUCGAGCCUGGAAUUAUACAGUUGACACACCCCAUGGUAUAUUUGUCACCGGCACACCGUAUGAACAGUCCGUCUGGAUCACGGACGUAGGAAGUGGAUCCUAUGGCCACACGGUUAAGAAGUAUAAUUCCCUGGGUGAUCUUGUUCAAGUCCUGGGUACCCCAGGCAAGAAGGGCACGGGCUUGAACCCGCUGCAGUUUGACAACCCUGCAGAGUUAUAUGUAGACGACACGGGAGAGAUUUACAUUGUGGAUGGAGACGGGGGAUUGAAUAACAGACUAGUCAAACUGUCCCAAGAUUUCAUGAUCCUCUGGCUGCGUGGAGAGAGUGGAGCAGGGCCUGCGCAGUUCAGCAUACCUCACAGUGUCACACUUGACGCGGUCGGGCGGGUGUGGGUUGCUGACCGAGGAAAUAAAAGACUCCAAGUAUUUGAUAAAGACACUGGAGAGUGGUUAGGAGCGUGGGACAGCUGUUUCACGGAGGAGGGGCCUUCGGCUGUUAGGUUCACCCCGGAUGGGAAGUACUUGAUUGUGGCCCAGCUGAACCUCAGCAGGCUGUCAGUUCUGACGGCCCCACCAUCUGGAGGCAUUGGCGACUGUUCUGUGAUCAGCAGCAUCCAGCUGGCUGAUCAGGUUCUGCCCCAUCUUGUAGAAGUUGACAAAAAGACCGGAGCCGUUUAUGUAGCAGAAAUUGGUGCAAAGCAAGUGCAGAAAUACGUGCCGGGGCCCAGCCCUACUCCCGCCGUCGGGCCUUAGGGCUGCCCUGCUGGAGGAGCUGCAAGGAGCAGCGCAGAGCCCCGGAGUCAUUGUGUUUCAAGCCGCCGAGGCACAGGGCCAUUGGUACCUCUUCCACCAGAGAAGUGUGUUGGGAUGUCAUUAAGAGUCAUGUCAUGUUGAGGUUCCUGGGACUUAGUUUUACAACUAAGAGUUUUUUGUUUCUUUUUUUCUUUUCAUUUUUGAGAGUCAUGGAUGUUGAACUCAGGGCCUCAUGCACGCUAGGCUGCUGCCCUAGCACUGAGCUGCAUCUUCACGUAAGCAGCUUUUAAAGAAAGAAAUGCAAUCCCAAAAUGGGGUUGUGAAGGGGAACUGUGAUUGCAACCAAGUUACAUGUACAGGCUGAUUAACUCCCCGGGCUCCUAGGACAGCCUGUUGAUUUCGUGUGAAGAACUGGAAACUACUGGUGUGUUUAACAUCUGUAAAAUGGCCUGUGAGAGAUGUGGAUGAGCUGGCUGUGGAGCAGUCUGGUGCAUGCACAGUGCCACACCAGGUCCAGAGCAUGCUGGAGUGAGGAGCAGCAUGGUCUGUCUUGCAGUCCAGCAGGGACAGAGUGGGCAUGGUGACGCAGGAGCAAGAGGACCACGACAGACAGGACAGCCGUGCAGGGUGCAUGUGUGAAAACUGCAGGCAGUGACAGCUUGGCCUCAGAUUAGCCAAGAGAUGAGUGAGAAAGAGUCAACAGUACCAUCCAGGUAGAGGAGACCUAAGCCUUACAGACUUCCCGUGAAUUCUGAGGAAAACACAAAGCAAAGGUUUUGGUCUUUUUUUUUUUUUCUUCAAAAUGCUUAAUCUCACCCUUUACAAAUAAGUUGACAACAGCCAGCACCUAAGCACUUUGCUAAAAUGGAGAUUUAUCAAUGGUAUUUUAAGAGUUAGUGCCAACAAUGGGUCCCUCAUUGCUGUUGUCCAUCCCAUUUUUUAGAAUGAACUCACUUUUCUACUAGCACUUAUCUACCUCCAAGAUAUUUUAGGGGGUCAGAGCCCUCCACACGGACGUGUGCCAAGCGCUCUGAGGCGUUAAGCUGCAUCUCCCUGCCUCUCCAGGCCACUCUUGUUCUUUCUGAAUGCUGGCCUUCAGACGCAGGCUGUGUGUUCAGUCUGUUCUGGUUUAUACUAGGUGUCCAUGGUUCCUUUCCCUCUCAGGGCCUCUCGAUCACCCUUUGCCCCAUCAGCAUCCCCUGCUGUCCCAAUGUUACAUGGUGAUUGUGCAGCACACGGGAUGCCUAAGCUGACUUCACUCCCCACCACCUACAGCUGAAGGGGCCUGGGCUGUUUGGGUGCUGGGGUCACAUGCGGUGUUGGGGGAAAGUGAGCCCCAAAUAGAAAUGUGCUGGAAACCAAGGUUCUUAGAAGUGUCCCUGCCGCUCACCAGACUGUGAUUCAGUAGUCACCUCUGUCUUCUCUUUAGUAACAUGGGAACAUUGUUUUCUCCUUGCUCACCAUUGCUGUGUGUAUUGGAUACACAGCAGGCACAGGUGUCUGGAGCCUGGGGUGCAUUACAGAUGUCCUGACACAGCCUUCCAACUGUCCUGUCAUUAUAUCACAUGCCAAGUUUGCCUGACAGUUCAAGGCUGUAGAGAGCCGCAUGAUGCCAUACCUUACAGGUGGGGCUGAUUCCCACCUUCCACCUUUCCAAUGGUGAAUGCUCUCAGGUGUGAACAACUCCACAUAUGGCUGACGUUAAAGAUCUGGUUUAGGCUACCCAGAGGCUAUUUAAGCUGUAGACUGGCUUUUCCCUGGGGUGAGAGGUUGAGAAAGGUAGCGGGAGGUUGAGAAGGAGCAAGAGGUAACAAGAGAUAGUAAGAGGGUGAAAAGAUCCUGAAUAAAACCACAGUUAAGAAGAGUCUGGUGUUGCAUUCUUCCUUGCUGGCGAGGUGGGCGCGACAAUUGGUGCCGACACCCAGGAAACGUCAAGUGACGUACGGGGACACAACCUCUCAUCUGGACUCAGAACUUGCUGUGGGCAGGGAUA